AGCCCGUCGUGACGCUACGACGCAAUGCUAGCGAUCGUUGAAGGGUUUCGUGGGUCAUGGACGAGGAAGGUAAAUAAAAGCCAAGCGCUGAACAACACGCUGCGGUUGCUUUCACUCUGCGGCAACUUUUUUUUUUUACCUGCUACGGUUGAGGAGGACGGGCCGGAGAGGACCGGAGAGAAGGGACAAGUCGGUUGGGCUCCAGCAGCAGAUCGGCGUUCUCAGGUAGUCUGAUUGGGUUUGCCUCGUCCCUGUGUUGCCAUGGCGAUGCGGGAUUUGGUGGAGGCAGAAUGUGGGGGAGCCAAUCCCCUCAUGAAGUUGACCAGUCACAUGACCAAGGAAGGGGGGGCAUGGCGGCACCUCUCAACACCUGCAAUUCCUCCCUCUCCCAUUGAAAUUGCAACUGAAGAAGAGCUGGUGAAUGAGUUCCUUCAGGCCCCCCCCCGGCCCCCACACACAUUUGACAUGGGUCAGCUUUUGGAGGAAAUGCAGCAGAUUGAUCAGCAGAGCUACAGACAAGCUCCUCAGAGAGCUCCAGAUGUGGCAGCGUUGGCCCUCUCCGGCGAUUGGACGGAGGAGUUUAUCUCCGGUCCCGACUCUGCCGCCGCACCAGGAAUCCUCGCGCUUGGUGAUGCAACCGAUGCCGAUUGGACAAAAGAAUUUAUUGCUGAGGCUGCAGAUCCUGGUCGCUGGGCGGAAGAGUACCUGGAACAGUCGGAGGAGAAGUUGUGGCUGGGAGACCUGGGAGACCAGGAGAAGGAAUGGACAAAGGAGUACCAACCAGGGGAGGAGCUGAAGCAGACAGCCAAUGAGCUCGUCUCAAAAGUUGAUGACCCCAAGUUACAAAACACUGAGUUCCUGCGGUUCAUUAGGCAGAUUGGCGAGGGCAGUGUGACAGUGGAGAGCAGAACAGACAAACAGCUCAAAGAUAAAGCUCAGGCCGCGGAGGCUCAGAGCUGGGCCUCCAACCUAAACCAGUUCCUGACGGAGACGGGGGGAGGGAGUCUUCCCCUGGAAGCCCCAGAGAGGAAUGAGAAGAUUGAGAAAGUUAAAGCUAGACAAGCAGAGCAGUGGGCCAAGGUCAUCAGGCAGGUGUCGCAGGACUCUGCUGAAGCCUGGGUAGAUGAGUUUGCCACAUCAGGGCCGGACUUCCAACAAGCUAAAGCUGCAGUGGAGAGCGAUGUGGACUUCUGGGAGAAGCUGCAGCAGGAGUGGGAGGAGAUGGCCAAGAGGGACGCAGAGAGCCACCCCUGGCUGUCCGACUUCGAUCAACUACUCAGCUCGUCCUACGACAAGGGGUAUCAAUUUGAAGAGGACAACCCCUAUUUAUCCAACCCUGAUCCUUUGUCAGAGGGAGUGAAGCGGAUGGAGGCAGGAGACAUCCCCGGUGCUGUACGCUUCUUUGAAAGUGCCGUACAGAGAGAACCAGAGAACCAGCUGGCAUGGCAAUAUCUGGGAACAUGUCAGGCAGAGAACGAGCAGGAAUUUGCCGCCAUCAGCGCCCUCCGCAGAUGUAUAGAGCUGAAGAACGACAACCUGACAGCUCUGAUGUCGCUGGCCGUCAGUUUCACUAACGAAUCGCUGCACAGGCAGGCCUGUGAGACGCUUCGUGAUUGGCUGAAGCACAACCCCAAAUACCGCUCCGUGUGGGAACAGAAUGAGGGUGAAAGCCGGCAGGAAGGUGCCAGAGAGAAGGAAAGGGAGAAGGAGCGGUUCGGCUCACUGCUUCCAGAAUCUUUGUUUACAGAUGUUCAGUCACUGUUCCUGCAAGCUGCCAACUCCGACCCCGCCCAGGUGGACCCCCAGCUGCAGUGUGGUCUGGGAGUUCUCUUCAACCUCAGCGGGGAGUACGACAAGGCCGUGGACUGUUUCAGCGCUGCUCUGUCCGUCACACCGCAGGACUACCUGCUGUGGAAUAAGUUGGGGGCCACGCUCGCCAACGGAAGCCGGUCAGAGGAGGCCGUGGCCGCCUACAGGAGAGCUCUGGAGCUGCAGCCCGGUUUCAUUCGCAGUCGCUACAACUUGGGAAUCAGCUGUGUCAACUUGGGGGCACACAGAGAGGCGGUAGAGCACUUCCUAGAAGCUCUAUCUCUUCAACGCCAGGCCGCCGGGGACGGAGCGAGAGCUGCGAGGGGACCUGGAGGUGCGGCGGCCACCGUGAUGUCUGACAACAUCUGGUCCACCUUACGCAUGGCUCUCAGCAUGAUGGGAGAGAGCCCUCUGUACGCCGCGGCGGACCGUCGGGACUUGGACACGUUGCUGGCUCACUUCUCCCAGAGAGAGGUGGGCGGUGGGACGGAAUGAGGAUCAGCCAGGGGGGGGCUCAUUGAGUGCGAGUGUGUUUUGCUGGGAGGUAAAUGUCCCGGGGACUGAAGGAAGGAAGGAGAGAGGAAUCCCAGCAGUAACGGUUCCAGAGAAACCGACGAGGAAGACACUGUGAAUUACCCACCAACCCAGACUUCAUCUUGUGGUCGAAUGACUUCUAUCAAACAUUGCAGUAUUAUCCUCUCCCUGGAAGACGCAGUCAGCAACAAUACAGUCACUUCACUGUAUUUUACACAUUUGACAGUCCUCAUAUUUCAUCUUACUCUGUUGAUCUGGAGAACUGGGUUCACCUUUGUCGUAGAUAUGAAGUAAUUUGUACUCUAUUAAGAAUAAUGAUGGAUGCAUUGUGGGACGUUUAUCAUUACGCUUGUCUUUCUUUACAGCAGGGUUUAGGUUGGAAGUGUAGACUCACUACGGUUUAGUAGAUUAAAGCUACGCUACUAUUGAAAAGAGUAUUGCUUUUUAUCCCAAGUGCUCCCGGCAUUAGGCCGGUCCAGAGUACAAAAACUAAUCUGAAGUGCAACAGUGGCCUGUUUUUCUGUUCUUUUUUUAGCCAUUAUUUAAUUAAUUUUUUUUGUAAUUAUCAACCAGGAUAGUAAACUGACAACGUGUGUGUGUGCGCGUGUGCGUGUCGGACUGGGUGGGGGAUUCAAUUGUGUAUCUCGCUGAUAAUAAGGUCAUAUAAUUGUACUAUCAUUGACAAUGAUUUCUCUGGGCUCCUCCCUUCUCUAAGCUCUUUUUCAUAUCGCUCUUGUAAAACUAUUUUCUUUGUUGUAAAAUAAUGCUAUAUGCCAUAUUGUGUAUUGUAACAUAAUUGUUGCACUAUAAUUGUGUUCAGGCUAGUUGUAUCCUGACUGCAAUGUUUAAUAUAAUAUUCAGCAAUAAAGCUUUGAUUGCAAUAA